AUGGAUGGAGACGGCUUCGACGUUUGGGGUUCACAGCCAUCGGCAAGCGGCCCUGCUACCCAUGCCGGUCUCGACCUCAACUCGCAAGCACCGGUGUCGGAGGGGUUCCCGGGGCUUGGGCUCUACGGAGCCUUCCUCCAGAGCGAUGAUGACGAGCUCCUCCCUGGGCGCGUCAGGGGCUCCGGGCUCCCUCCCUAUCGCCCACCCUACGCCCGGCGACUGAACUUCGGCGGCUCCUCAGCGGCGGCAGCCGGUCGCGGAGGAGGAAACGGUGGCGUGUUCCUUGGCGGGUCGUCGUCGGGGGCAGGCGGCGGUGUUCAGCAGCGCGCCAACUCGGCCGCCGCGGCACCCAGCCGCCGUAACCAGCGCACCGGCACGGCGUUCAGUGGCGGCGACGUUCGGCAGCGCGCCAACUCGGCCGCCGCGGCACCCAGCCGCCGGGCACCGAGGAGUGCUGUCCGUGCGCAAGCAUCCGGCUCUGGCGCUCCCUUUGACAAUGGUGAUGAAGAAUUGGAGGAUGACGUGGAAGAGUUUGCGAGCUCCGGAGGUCCCUCGGUGAGCCAAAACAAUCGAGCCCAAUGGAAUGAUGCUAAUAGUGCUUGCUUGUUAGAAUUGUGCAUUGAGCAACGUGCAGCAGGAACGUAUAAUGGUGUAACAAUGACUGCUGAAGGGUACCAAGCUGUUAUGGACGGCUUACUUGCUAGAAGGGGGUUGGUGUAUUCCCGUGUGCAGGUGAAGAACCAGAUAGUCGUACUCAAAAACACCCACUCCUUUUGGCGAUACAUGCAAGUGCACAUAGGGUUGGGGAGGAAACCAGAUGGAACCAUUGAUGCCGACUCUGAGUUCUGGAUAACACACACAGAGAAGAAACCAUACCUAAGGAAGUUGCAGUGGGGUCCUCCAGCAAACGAGGAGUUGCUUGAUCAACUGUUCAGAGGUUGCACCGUGGAUGGAAGCACAGCCUUUGUGCCUGGAGAUGAUUAUGGUCAGACUCAAGGGCAAGAUGCAGGGGCAGAAGAGGAGUUUCAAGGAACACCUACAAGUACAAGCAACCAGAGGAGCCAGAGGGGCAAGAGGUCAUUAAGCACUUCAAGCACUUUGACUAGUCCAUUGAAGAAGAGCAAGAGCCCAAUGGUGAAAAUUGUCAAGGACAUAGCCAAUACCUACAAGGAGUCUGUCGCAGCCAACACUAAGCAAAUGCAGAAACGUGCAAAUGAGAAGGCUGCAUUUUCUGUGAAGAGGUGUCAGGAGCUGGCAUUUGAGUGCGGUGUUCAGCAAACAGUUGACUCUGUCUAUGCUAUGUCCAAGAUGUUCGAAACGGAGUACCAAAGGGAGUUCUUUUGUGGCCAAUUAACUGCUGAGCUUAGGUUGGGUUACUUCAAGAAAUGGUGCAGAGACAACAAUUUGGAGUAG